AUGGUUGACGAUAAUAAAGGUCUUUUAAAUUUAAUAAAUGACGAUCAAGAAGCUAUUAUAAGUUUAGAAGUGUACAAGGAUGAGUUUGAGCUAGUGCCCCAGCGCCUACAGCAAAGCAAGAUAAAUAUCGAACCAUCCCAACUAAAGGAGCCUUCUCAAAUGUUUCAGCAGACAGUAAAUUUGACACAGUUACCACUACUAACAUUUAGUGGUGACCAAAAAUUAUGGAGAGAAUUCUGUAGUAGUUUUGAUGCCGCA